AAACAAUGUACGUGACAUGAAUUAUACACAGACUGAGCAUUCGAUAAGAAAAAUUCAAAGUCAACUUUUAUAUUACAGCCAAAUUAAAUAUGUCUAAGCGUCAAUUAUUACUAUUAAGCUCGUCUAAUUAUCAUGGUCAUGAAUUCUUGCAAUUUGCAAGAGACUGGAUUACAGAUUUCUUGAAAAAGAAUAAUGUAUCUAAAAUUCUAUUCAUACCCUACGCAUCCACUGAACCUGAUUCGUACACUAAAUAUACUGAAAAAGUCGCAAAACCAUUAAAAGAAUUCGGAUUUGAUGUUGAAGGUAUUCACGAAUCAAGAGAUCCAGUUGAGGCUAUUAAUAAUGCUUCUGCCAUAUUUAUUGGUGGUGGAAAUACUUUCCAUUUGUUGAAAACCUUAUAUGAUAAGAGAAUAGUUGAAGCAAUUCGUUCACGAGUUUUAGAUAACGGAAUUCCAUAUAUCGGAAGCAGCGCAGGAACAAAUGUCGCGACUGUAUCUAUAAAUACAACUAAUGAUAUGCCAAUAGUAUUGCCGCCAACUUUCUAUGCAUUACAAUUGCUUGAUUUCAAUAUUAAUCCUCAUUAUCUUGAUCCAAUUACUGAUGAUAAGCAUCGUGGAGAGACUAGAGCUCAACGAAUCAAUGAAUUUCAUCAUAUUAACUCUUCGCCAGUUUUGGGCUUGAGAGAAGGUUCAGCAUUAUUAGUUGAUGGCGAUAAUGCAACAUUAAUUGGACAUACAAAAGCAAUAUUAUUCUGUCGCAAUGAAGAUCCACAAGAAUUUGAACCAGAUUCUGAUCUUAGCUUCUUAGUCUCAUCAUCUUAGAGACAUAGUAACAAAGUAUUUCCUAUAUUUUUGCAUAAAGAACAACAAACUUGUAAGCUUUGAUAAUCAAUCAUUAAAAUGAGCAUUGCUUUUAUUAUAAUAAUCAUCCUAUAUAAAGUUCAUACAAAUAUUUUUUCGAAAAAUAAAGUAAUUUUUUUUGGCAUAAAACUUUUUUU